CAAUUGAGGAAGUUUUACAAUUUUGUGAUACGAUUUUUAUCUCAAAUGUUUGACAUAAUGUCUUCUGCUUUAAAAUCGGAUGUCGAGGACAUAUGGAAGCAGCCGAUUGGCUGAACGUGUUGUGACGACACGACGCGGAAGCGCUCUUACACCCAGACAAAGAUGGCAGCGCACAGGUGCGGAUUCCUGCCUCCGCUGUUCAUUCUUUGUGCCUUGUCAGUGUUAACCGUCACAUGGACUCAAGAAACAAUUCCACUCGGUAGUCACCGAGCAGCUGCAGCGGACAGUAAACCAACAGACACCAAAUCAGUGGCACAAACAACUGAGCAGCUCGCGGUAGAGCAGAGGCAAUGGGAAGCGACUGAGGUUGAAGAGGCGACUUCUGCUGCGGCUGCCGUCAGCAAACAGGACAAUUCUUCCCCUGAAGAUGUUGUCCAAACAUCCACGCCAAAGCCUAAAGACGAGUUCCAAGAGGAGCUGGUUGUCAGACCGCUCCACUCUGGAGAUAUUUAUGCCAGUUUUCAGUUCCGCACCCUGUGGCAAACGGACUUCACUAGAGAACGCAAAGUUUCCCACUAUGGAUUAUUCCCUAAGUCUCUGGGUCAGGUCAUCUCCAAGUUCUCAGUGCGAGAGCUACACAUCUCCUUCACUCAGGGCUACUGGAGGACCAUGCAGUGGGGGCAGCCCUUUCUGUCCUCCCCUCCUGGGGCUGAGCUUUGGGUGUGGUUCCAGGACACUGUGACAGAUGUGGAUGGGACCUGGAAGGAGCUGGCAAACGUUCUGUCUGGUAUUUUCUGCGCUUCACUUAACUUCAUUGACUCCACCAACACUGUUCAACCCACUGCUUCCUUCAAACCACUGGGCAUUGGCAAUGUGACAGAUCAUCGCUUCCUUCGCUAUGCCACUCUUCCACGAGAGAUAGUCUGCACAGAGAAUUUGACGCCCUGGAAGAAACUGCUGCCAUGUGGAACUAAGGCUGGUCUUGCUGUCCUGUUAAAGUCUGAGAAGCUCUUCCACAGCAGUUUUUAUUCUCAGGCUGUGCACAUAAGACCUGUGUGUCAGGACUGGCAGUGUAAAACUGCAUCCUGGGAGCUACGACAGACCCUCAAUGUGGUCUUUGACCUGCACAACUCUGGACAGGGCAAGAGAGAGUGGUCUCUGUUCAAGAUGUUCUCUCGCACCCUGACAGAAGCUUGUCCGUUGGCUUCCACCAGUAAAAUUUACAUCGACGUCACAGACAACCCUGAGGGGGAGCAGUUUGAGCUGAGCCCAGCCACUGCCCUGCUGAGCCAGGCUGUAGUGCUCGGGGACAGGCGGACUUUCUCUGUCUACGAUCUGACCCAACAAAUCACUUUUGGCACCGUGCGCUCCCUCAACGUGCUGAUGCGCUGGAAGUCCAGUGAAGGGGACAUGCUGAGGCCUCUGCUCCAUGCGGAGCGCUACGUGGCUGGUUACGGGCUGCAGACAGGAGAGAUUCACACGCUGAUGUACAACAACCACCCGUACAGGUCGUUUCCCGUGCUGUUGCUGGAUUCAGUGCCGUGGUAUCUCCGCAUGUACAUCCACACCCUCACCGUCACCAGCAAAGGAAAGGACAACAAACCCAGCUACAUUCACUAUCAGCCAUCUAAAGACAGGGUGAGGCCCCACCUGCUGGAGAUGCUGGUUCAACUCCCUCCCAACUCUGUCACUGAAGUCACUGUAGAGUUUGAGAGGGCUUUGUUGAAGUGGACUGAAUACACCCCUGACCCCAAUCAUGGCUUCUAUGUUGGGUCAUCAGUCAUUAGUUCUCUGGUGCCAAGUCUUGUUGCAUUGGAUACAAACAGCACCUGGCAACGCCCGCUUUUCAGCACUUUUUUCCCUUGUAAGGAGGAGUCCAGCUACUUUGUGCGAGUCUACACAGAACCCCUGCUGGUCAACCUGCCCACUCCAGACUUCAGCAUGCCUUACAACGUCAUCUGUCUGACCUGCACCGUGGUGGCUGUGGGCUACGGCUCCCUCUACAACCUCCUGACCCGCACCUUCCAGAUAGAGGAGCCCAGCCCAGGUUUGGCAAAGAGGUUAGCCAAUAUUAUUCGUAGAAUGCGGGGCGUUCCGCCUCUCUGAGGCCUGGCAUUAACACCGGUGGGCUCUCCUUUUUUUAAAAAAAAAAAAAAGUAUUUUAUACUUUUUGGCAAAAACACUAGUAAAAAGUGAUAUUCAGGGAGAAAUACAGUGCACUGGUAUGAUUGUUGACUAUACCAAGGGUCAACGUCAAGGUUUUCUUUUCUCAAUAAGUUCUUUGGACAUAAAGAAAAGGCUGCAGGACAAAUAAGUUUGGAGUUCUGUUUGUGUCAGAAGCUGAAGGAACUGAACUGUGGAGAAUGUGGCAGAGGUGACUGCAGCACUGUUUUUAUUUAUUGUUUCUUAUGCAUAGUUCAAACUCUAUUCCUCCUCCAUGAUAUCGUGUCACAGAGGAGUGUUGGGGGUGGGUGGGGGGAGUUGGGUGGGUGAAAGCGAGUGUUGAACUAAUGUUUUGGUAAGGCUGCUUCCCGACUGACCAGAAGAAAGAACACACCGCCUGUUGAUGGACUUUUUCAUUUGUUUUCAAGGGUCAGUGCCGUGUUUUCUAUUGUCAGACUUUAACAGUGCAGGAUCAAACAUGCCGACUGACAAACUUCUUCUUCCUGGAUGGUUUCGAUGGUUCAUCACCUGCUUUUCUUUUCUUAAAUUGGAUCAAUGAUCUCACAACUGAUUCUUUGUUGGAAAAAGCCCUGAAACUAUAAACUCUUCUUCAGAUUUUUUAGUGAUGUCAUGAAGGUCCAAGUGCAGUCGAAGAUUACGUCCGUCUUUGGUUUUUAACAACAAGUCAAAGAAAGAACGUCAUAUAUAAAGUAUUAGAAACACUGCUUUGUCGGUACUAUGAACAGCCGUCUCAUCAGAUAUUAUGUUGCACUCAUUUUUUGACGCAUGCUUGAAUGUCGCUAAUGUUCAUGCUAAUGAAUGGAGGUCAUGGAUCUUAACUUUUUUCCCCCUUUUCAGACCAUGAAGGUGUGAAAGCGAUCCGAGAACUUUAAUGUCUGAAAGUUCCUCGAAUAUUGAAAGCUUUUCUCUCUCUCUCUCUCUCUCUCUCUGUGUAGCAAAACUUUUCACCUUUCAAUAAACAUGACAAAAAUGUUUUGAAUACUU